AGAAAAAGUCAUCACACGUACUGCUAUGGACGUGACAGCAGUGUUCGAGCUAUAAGCUCGUCUCUUCUUUCAUGGCAAGCGGUGCAUUUUAGAUUAAUUUAUGGUUUUACCCGAUUAGCCUACUGAUUUGGUGACUUGUCAAGUGCAAUGGCUGAAAAGAUUAUCGUGCAUGGUAAUACAUCUUGUAAAUUUGUGAUGUGUUUGAAAAUUGAUAAAUAUUUAGCAAUCGCGUAAAGUGUAUUUGGUGUUUCGUGUUCAUUAAAAUUGUUAAUUGGAGUCUAAUGUUACUAGUUUUCUUAUAUUAAACGAAAUCGAAACGAUAUCAAAAUAAAUUUUCCUUAAUUAGUUUUCUAAUAUUCUUAGAAAAAGUAUAAUUAUUCAAUUAUAGUCAUUAAAUACAUGAUGAUAUCAUACGGAACAAUCUUACUUCUAUGUAACUUUUCAUUUUUAUAAAUUUUUAAUAAGUUAUCAGAAAUGGAAUAUUCUGUUCGUCACAAAAUAUGAACAAGGUGCAAAAUAUAUAAAAUAAACGGAUAUAUAUUAGUGUUUUGAUUACUUAAUAAACUAAAAGAUUUACAAUGGAUUCUGAAGAGGAAACAUAUGAUGAUGUUGAUUCUGGCAAUGAAUCUAGUGGAGAUGAUGUGGAUUUUGCAAUGGAAAUUGAAGCUGGAAAUCCAAGAGAACGAUCAACAGAUGUUGAUGAUUAUCCUUUUGAAGUUUUAUCAACAGAAGAAAUAGUGCAACAUAUGGUUGAUUCUAUUAAGGAAGUUAAUACAGUUGUAGAAAUACCAGCUACAACUACACGUAUUUUAUUAAAUCAUUUUAAGUGGGAUAAAGAAAAAUUAAUGGAACGCUUUUAUGAUGGUGAUCAGGAAAAAUUAUUUGCUGAAGCACGAGUUGUUAAUCCAUUUAGAAAGGGUCCAUUAAUAAAUAGAAAUCAAUCUUCUCAAAGCUCAUUGUCCAGAAGAACUUCAACAAAUGGUACUGAAGAAUGUGGAAUUUGUUUUACGAUUCAACCAUCUGCAAUGAUGACUGGACUUGAAUGUGGACAUCGUUUUUGUACUGGCUGUUGGGGAGAAUAUCUUACAACAAAAAUUAUGGAAGAAGGAGUUGGUCAAACAAUUGCAUGUGCAGCACAUGCUUGUGACAUUUUAGUCGAUGAUGCUAGUGUUAUGCGUCUUGUAAAAGACUCUAAAGUGAAACUGAAAUAUCAACAUUUAAUAACAAAUAGUUUUGUUGAAUGUAAUAGGUUAUUGAGGUGGUGUCCAUCUCCAGAUUGUAAUAAUGCUAUAAAAGUACAGUAUGUAGAAGCAAGACCAGUAACUUGUAAAUGUGGGCAUACAUUCUGUUUCCAUUGUGGAGAAAAUUGGCAUGAUCCUGUAAAAUGUCACUUAUUACGUAAAUGGAUUAAAAAAUGUGAUGAUGAUUCUGAAACAUCAAAUUGGAUUGCUGCAAAUACAAAAGAAUGUCCAAAAUGUAAUGUUACUAUUGAAAAAGAUGGUGGAUGCAAUCAUAUGGUGUGUAAAAAUCAAAAUUGUAAAACUGAUUUUUGUUGGGUAUGUCUUGGACCUUGGGAACCACAUGGUUCUAGUUGGUAUAAUUGUAAUCGUUAUGAUGAAGAAGAGGCUAAAGCAGCAAGAGAUGCUCAAGAAAAAUCUCGAUCUGCAUUACAAAGAUAUCUAUUUUAUUGCAAUAGAUAUAUAAAUCAUAUGCAAUCAUUAAAAUUCGAAAAUAAACUUUAUGCAAGUGUGAAAGAAAAAAUGGAAGAAAUGCAACAACAUAACAUGUCAUGGAUUGAGGUACAAUUUUUAAAGAAAGCAGUAGACAUUUUGUGUUCCUGUAGACAGACUCUUAUGUAUACUUAUGUUUUUGCUUAUUAUGUGCGAAAAAAUAACCAAUCUGUGAUUUUCGAGGAUAACCAAAAGGAUCUAGAGGGUACUACAGAACGUCUCUCUGAAUAUCUUGAACGAGAUAUUACAAGUGAAAAUCUUGCUGAUAUUAAACAAAAAGUUCAAGAUAAAUAUAGAUAUUGCGAUAGUCGAAGAAAAGUGCUUUUGGAACAUGUACAUGAAGGUUAUGAAAAAGAUUGGUGGGAUUAUGUCGAAUAGAAAUCUAAACCAACUUCGUUUUUCGGGCAUGCAAGACAAGAUUUCUCUCUUGAUACUUUUGCCCUACCUGUGAUAAAUCAAGAAAGCUGACAGGAAAUAAAAAUAGAGCAUGUCACCAAGUGAUUUACGUGUUAGAUAUACUUUAAAUGUAAUAUGAUCUGUGGCAGCACAUAUAUCGUUAUGAAUUUUUAAAUUUAUUAAAAUUGAAUCCUAUUACCAUCAGGCUAAAUGUAAAAUACUUCCGUAUUAAUUAAUGAUACUAAUUUGCGCUUGCUGUGUGCUAUUUAUCGUUACAUGUUUCGAUCCUUCAUAAACAUGCCUUGCAAUAAUAUUUUCAAGUUUCGAAUGAAUUUUAUAUAUAAACAUGUCGGAUGAUAAACGGUGGUAAAGAAAUCGAACAGUGUGUUGCUGUACUAAACAAAAAUUUAUCAAAAAUUUGCUUAAUAUAUUUUAAUGCCAUAGUAUAAUAAUACAUUAUACCUUUUCAUAUUACUAUAAGAUUCUCUAGAAAAGUAUUAUUUAGUCUAUGGAUAAAAACUUUUCAAGAGUUUUAUGAAUAGUACAUGAAAAGGCUAAUAUAGAACUAGACCUUAAUCUGUCUUUUAUUGUCAGUCCUGUGCACUCGAUUUAUAAGAGAAUAAUUGAAUAUAACAAGAUACUGGUGCAGA